AAAUCAUGGCCCUGAGCCUGAAGAAUUUCAUCCAUUCCUUAGAUCCGAGAUCUCUCCCUAGGAUUCUACAAAUUCAGUCUGGCUUUUAUGAUGAAGGUGCAGUGUAUGAAAAGUGUGACCAUGAAUGCUGUUUGUCAACAGGAGACUUGAUUAAAGUUGUUGGAUUAAAAGUAUCAAAAAUCCUUGCAACUAUUAGCAAAAAUGAUGAUGCCAGCCUGCCCCCAACUGCAGUCGAUUUACCACUAAAUUUUCCAGGUCUCUGCAGGAUAGUGGUUGAUAAAACACCAUAUGCUACUGCUGAAGAAAUUGUGAGAACUGUUUGGAUUGGACCAACACAGCAGCAACAGCCUUGCUUCCAUUGCUCUAAGGAGUUACAAACAGAAAAGUUGACCAUCAAACCAGACGAGAAGAUUAUAUUCAGCUCCGUAGAUGACAACAAGGGGGUCUUCGUUGUACAUUGUGGAGUACUCAGGGAUUCCCAAAUGCAUACUUUUGUUUUGCCACUUUCACAAGAGGGUGACUUCUACGAAUGUGAAGAUAACCAGCUUUAUACUCUGAAUGAGAUUUCCCAGUGGAAAAUCCCCAAGAGCAGAAGUCGGAGUGUGACAUUCAUGGAUACCUGCAAUAUUGGGGAUUCCACCACUUUUCUUCCUGUGGAUUCUGGUGAUUGUGUUGUCCUGACACCAAUUUAUGAAAUACAAGCAGUGAUGAAAUUUCAAAAAGAGAUCCUUCACUUCCUUUCUGAUUUAGAUGUUGAAGUUAAAGAUGUAACGGACUGUUACAAUAUUAACAGUUUCCUUCAAUCAUUAUCAGUCAAAGAUAUUUUGGAAAGGAGAAGCGACGAAUUUCCUAUUGUUGUUGCAGUAAUUGAAAGCUCCAUUGGAAACAAGCACUCAUAUAAUUUGUUGUGUCCUGGUAGAGAAAUAGUCAUUUACAAAAAGUGUCAGGCAAGAAGAAUUUUAGCAUCUGAGUUCAAGAAAGAUUUCUAUAAAAGACACUUUUUAAUUCCUAUCACCUACAAAGGGAAGUUCAAAAGAAGGCCCCGGGAAUUUCCAACUGCCUAUGACCUAGAAAUAGCACGGAAUAUGAAGGAGAAGCUUCAUGUAUCAGCUACCAAAGCAUUUGUAUCUCCUCAUGAAGAGCUGUGUUCUGUUUCUGUUGGAGAUGAGUUUCUAAUUCCACAGCUCCAGACAAGUGAAACAGCUGAUCCAGAAAGAAAGACAGUGGAGGAGGCUUUAGCCUGUGAGCAAAUUUUGUUGUUCAAUAAAACCUGUAAGAGUGUACUUCUUCCAAUGAGCAUAGAAGGGGGCUUUGUUGAACUUGUCCAUGAUAAAACACAGUAUGAAAUUUUAGAACUUUGCAAAGAAUUCUGCCUUCCAUUUAAUGUCAAAGUAUCUGUAAGGGAUCUUUCCAUCCAGGAAGACAUACUGGCAGACAUACUCUGCCUACAGCUUGAAGAAGAAAUCAUAGACUCUUUCUUGUUAGUCAGUGCCCUCAACAAUCCCACAGAAAUAUGGGAAGUUCCUGUGCAUCGUUUAACUAUGUCCUUUCAGUUGCUGAGAAAGCAUGUAGAAGAUACUAUGCAUUUCCCAGUAAAGUCUGUUGUGGAAGAGAUUACAGAAGAACAGUAUUACAUGAUGAGAAAAUAUGAGAAUCAAACCAUCAGCCCACCACCCAGACCUCCUAAAGCCUACACUGCAGAAGAAUCCAAGACAUCCUUUCUCCCUGAAUCAGCUGAGAAUGCUUGUGUCACACCACCACCCAGGAAGAGUCUCUCUGGAAAUGUUACCAAAAAAUGGUUCUCAGAUGAAGUUGCUCCUCCUCUGGGAUUACAGAUCAAUUGUCAAAGUGAUUUGGAACAUCAGCAGCAGAAGGCGGCGUUGACUGGGGCACCUAAAUUACAAAAAGAUGUAUCAAGGAGUGUGCUUGUGAAGUACAGGGAAGACAAGAAACCAAAGGCUGGAUAUGACUCAGAUGAUAAAGAUGAAAAAGCUGUUGGAAGUGUUCCUGAAAUGAAAGCAACACAGCACAUGUAAUAAUAAAUUAACCCACAAAGGAAAAAGGGCAGAAAAUGUGAGCGCUGUAUGAUUAGCUAUAAAUGUAAAUUAUAGAUAAUGUGCAACUUUUUUCAGACUGCAAUGAUAUCACUGCAAUUUUAAAAAAUAAUUAUCCAGAAUAGAUACAGUGUGUUGACAUCCAUUCUUUUACUAUUGAUUUUAAAGAGCAGGAAUCCUUUUGCAAUACACAAUUAAUAGUGCAACGUUCCACUUUAACUGCCAUGACAACUUCACUGGGAUUUGCAGUUUAGGGAAAAGUAUUUGGAAUUCUCUGCCAGAGAGCUCUAGUGUCUCAAUAAACAACAAACCCCAGGUUUCCAUAGGAUGCACCCAUGGCAGUUAAAGUGGAAUCAUAGCUCUGUAAGUGUGUUCAACAUAGCAAAUUUUAUUAAUAGGGAAGAA